GACGGAAAUCAGUUUCUGGCGGAGGAUCACUUUUUUGGCGCCUCACCGCCAUCUGCCGGUUGACGUCGGCACUGCAGCUGUGGCUGUCUGAUGCUGCUGUGAUCUCACAGUUGUCGCUGUGCGGUGGAGGCGUUUUUUUCCCUGUGUGCAACCAACCGCAAGAAAUGGAUGUGUUUCUAAUGAUUCGACGUCACAAGACGACCAUCUUCACAGAUGCCAAAGAGUCGACCACAGUCUAUGAACUGAAGCGCAUUGUGGAAGGGAUUUUAAAGAGGCCACCUGAAGAUCAGAGGCUUUAUAAGGAUGAUGUGAUGCUAAAUGACAGUCAAACUCUUGGAAAUUGUGGCUUCACAAAUCAAACAGCCCGACCUCAGGCCCCUGCCACAGUGGGACUAGCUUUCCGUCUGGGUGAUGAUUCAUUUGAGCAGCUGAGGGUCGAGUCUUUCUCCACUCCCCCAGAGCUCCCUGACGUCAUGAAGCCCCAGGACUCGGGCAGCACAGCCAAUGAGCAGGCUGUACAGUGAGGGAGGGAGCAGGGAAAUGAGAGGGACGCGCAGGGGGGCUGGAGGGAGGAUGCACGAGGGGGUGGAGGAGGGAGGGGUUGAAUUUUGGGAAAUGAUGCCUUGGCGGGCGAGUUUUAUCUUGCCGACAACAGAUCUUCAGCUGGGCACAAAGAAUUACACACACGGAUUCUUGUAGUUGUAAAUUUGAGGGCGGGUGCUUCAAAGUGGUUCAUUUGUCCUGAAAUCGGUGAACGCAUGCUCGAUAAAUUGAUAAUUUCACACAAGACCCUUCAGAGAUACCUGACGGACUUGUCACGACACUGUCAGUCAUCCAUGGGAUUGGUAAAGGCUGAACAUAAAGAAUUGUACCUCGUAUUUAAUUAAUUCUAGUCUUUAUUUGGGGGAAAGGUUAUUGCUGCCUUCCUUGUGUUUUUUAUUUUGCUGGCUUAAACGUGGGAGUUGAUACGGUGUGACCUUUUUAGGCUUUUAUGUUUGUGUGUUUUCUUUAUUAAACUAUUAUUAAACUAUAUAGGAGUUAACAUGUUUUUGGUCUUUGGCCUGGAUAUGUGUUGCGACAAUAGCUAGGAGUUUGUGCAUUUCUAAGUUACUAUCUGUAUUUCAAAAACAUUUGAACAAUACGAAUCUGAAAUAAAAUAGAUUCAGUUGUUGGCAGGAGAUCAGACAUUAAGAUGAACAUUUCUUGGUACUUUACUUAUCAGUAGUUGUAGUUUUCAUACUGUAGCUGCUCAAGUUACUGAGACUGAAUGAAUACACUCAGUCUACAACACAUGUAACGCUGGCAUGGACCCGAUGUUGGAAAACAAACGAGCGACGGGCAUGGCAGCAAUCAAAAGUGAAUUGAUAAUGGUAUUGAUUUGUUUUUUUGUUUUGGUUCGACGUUACUAACGAAGGUGGGGACUAAUCAACUUUCCUCUCCAAUGUUUGAUCGCAGCACAGGAAGUCUUGGAGAUGAGUAUUACACCAAACCCAUUUUGACAUGUGAUGAAUUAUGAACUGUGCCUGUGAGUAGUGACCUGCACAUCUGACCCGCCAUCAUUCCAGAAUCACUGCCCAUUUAAGUUCAUGCUGCAAUUUGUGUUGUAUUACUCUACACCAUUUAUGCCCUUUUCCUAAAAUUAAAGGUGAAUGCGCAAUGACCUCCUGUCUACAUCAUAACAUCACUUUAAAGUUGAACAGUGGAUCUAAUGAUCUAUAAAACUACACUAUAAAAA